CUUUGUAUGUUUUAGUCUCCUGGCCUUUAAUCAUCUUAGCUGCUCUUCUUUGCACUUUUCCUAAAGUCUCAAUAUCAAACAGUUUAGGAUCCUGCAAAGGUCCAAAUGAUCCAAUUGCUCAAGCGAUGCACAGAAAACAACUUGUUACCUCAACUAAUCCAAACAAGACCAUCACAUCUCCUUCAGAGAUCACCGAGGGCAAUAUUAAGUCAAAAGAGAACAAACAGAAGGACUGGCUUGACAUUAAGAUGUGUCAAAGUGUCAAGAUUUUUUCUCAAGGCUCCACCACCUAUCUGUCAAUCACCGCCAGGAUGUGAUAAUGGGCUGCGGCUCACAGCUUCGUCCUAAGCAUCCUAGUUAUUUUAUUUUUAAAGGGAUGGAACGUCUUCAAAGAGUAGUUCCACGGAUUGUGAAGGAAGGCUUAGCGGGACCCGCGGGGGGGCUCACGGCGGGGAGGACGGGUGGGCUUGGCCACUCAAUUCCAAGGCACGGAGCCAGGACGAAGAGAGCCUCCUCCUCCUAGCCGAAGCGCUGCUCGAUCGAAGAUUUUUCCCGAUCGAGGGACCCCGGAUGCCCAGGCAGGCCUUGAGGGGGCCACCUUCCUCUGCCGUAGGGCAGCUGACGGGUCCUAAGCUAGGGGGCGGCCGGGCGGUAGCCUCAUGACCAAGGCUGGCAGGCCCCGCCCAGAGGGCUCCCCUCCCCACUCUCCCCCCCACCCAUUGCCAGGAACCCUCGCCCCACCGCCAGCUCAAUCCCGCUCGGCCGUAGCCAGGUGGUGCCGCUACAGCUGCUUUGUACGGAGGGCUAAAAGGGGCUCAGCGAUCGCCGCCCCCUUCAGAGCUGCCUGAGAGUGCCAUUCCAAAUUUAUUUAGUUUCUUUGCGGUCAAGGCAUCCUACUUUCAAGGCGGAGGAGUUUGCUCAGUUCUUUCAAGACGACUGGAAGGAUACACAAUCUGUCAGCGAACACCGGAUGUCCAGGAUAGAAAUGGCAAGAGAUGGAAAUGUCAACACCAAUGACACAGCCAAUACGUGGUUUGGGCAGUGCCGGUAUACAGCAGAUGAAUACCACGCUGUUCAGGCUGCUCUGCGGCAGAGGCUGGGCCCAGAAUACAUCAGUAGCCGACAAGCUGGAGGAGGACAGAAGGUGUGCUACAUAGAGGGACACAGAGUCAUCAGCCUGGCCAAUGAAAUGUUUGGCUAUAAUGGCUGGGCUCAUUCUGUCACUCAGCAGAACGUUGAUUUUGUUGAUCUAAAUAACGGCAAAUUCUAUGUGGGUGUUUGUGCCUUUGUGAAAGUUCAGCUUAAGGAUGGGGCUUACCAUGAAGAUGUUGGCUAUGGAGUAAGUGAAGGCUUGAAAUCUAAGGCCUUGUCCCUUGAGAAAGCAAGGAAAGAGGCUGUCACAGACGGAUUAAAGAGGGCCCUAAAGUGCUUUGGUAAUGCUCUUGGGAACUGUAUUUUGGAUAAAGACUACUUGCGCUUGGUGAAUAAGCUCCCCCGUCAGAUGCCUCCAGAUUUAGAUUUGGGCAAAGUCAAAAGGCAGGACUUUGAUCCUUCUAUAGAAAAGGCAAGAUAUAAUAGCUGCUUGCAGAAAGGAAGUGAAGACCAGAAAUUCUUUUCCUUGCCAACUCCUGGCAAAUCUCACAGGUUGGGUUCUCCCUUGAAUGCUAUUGGACAAAACCAAAACAGGAACUCACUGCCCUUGGAUUAUGAUGCAACUCACCAUCGGAAGAUGCGACAGAAGCAGCUUCAACAGAAGUUCAGACAGCAGAUGCAGGAGAAGCAGCAGAUACAGUCAGAUGUUUCAGGUUGCAGAACUAAAGAUCAAGAGGCGUCCAUUCCCCCUGCCUUGGAAUGCAACUCUUCUGCACAACCAGAACCUGUUGUGGAUGAAGAAUUCCUUGCAGAUGAUCCAGAACUCUGGGACUUUCCUUUGGAAGCGACCGAUCAUAAUGCAGCAGCUGUGCCAGCCCAAUGCUUACGGUCACCUCUUGGACAGCAUACCAUGAUGACUCGCAGCCGAACCCCACAAAGAAUAAAUAAUCAGCAAUCGAGUAUAAAAUCAUCUUGGAAUCUAUCCUCCAGUCCCAAAUCUUACUCAUCAGCUGAACGUAGCCCAUACCGAAAAGGCCAAGGAAUGAAAAAGAGAAGACUGGAGCCUGCGUAGAAAACAAGUAGACUUCAGCAUGAGGGUUUUAAUUCAGAAUACAUUUUAGCCCAAUAAAGUUGCAGAUCAAAGUAUAUUUUCUAGAUUUUAUUACAGAAAAAAGUGCAUUGCUUUGCAGUAUUUAACUAAUGGCUUAAAACACCACUUCAACUCUAGUUAAAAGAAUUAAAUAUUACAAAUCCUAAUAUUUCAUUCCUUUAUAUGUAAUUUUAUUUUAAAAUUUAAAAAGGUACUUUCUUAACUUUCUUCAUUCCAAUUAGAAGAGAGCAAUUUUAGUAAUAAUAUAUUCUAAAUAUAAGUGUGUUAUAAUGGUCUCACCUGGAUAUGAAUUUGAUGAUCAGAGAAAAUCAUUUUUAAUUUAAGUUAUAAUUGUCCUUUCUUUUAAUGACCAAAAUCAACAAAACCAAGGUUUCCACCAACUCAAAGAGGUACAACCUGAAAAUAUUUGGAAAGUUUACUACUAGAAGUUUAGAAAAGCAUGACUUUUUAAAAGUGUAGGUUGGAAGAGAAAUAUAUCAGUCUUGGACUUUUUAUAGUGUCUAUUUAUUGGUCUGAGAAAACAAAAAUCAAUCAGUAGAAUAAUAUAAUUCAUUUUGCAAUCUAUAAUUUAAUGCAGCAUCUCAUGUCAUCAUUUACUCUGAUUUUACUGCUUGCAUUAAAUAAGCAGCAUACCAGUAAAUAUUGCUACAUAAACUGUCUCUGGAUUCUCUACCACAUCUUGGUAAUAGGAGAGGUAACAGGUUACUGGUUUUAUAUUCAAACUGUCAUGUUUUCUAAGUCACUUGCGCAAAUAUGUAUCAAUCUAUUUUGUUAGAUUGAGCAACUUUUCCCCAAACAAUUCUUGCAUGGAAACAGGAUCAGUAUACCUUUUGUUUCUGUUGCGAAAGGGAGAAGAAUAAUUAAAGCAGUUUUUCUGCGAGACUAAUAGCAUCAGGCUGAAAUAAGUUCCUUAUCUCCAGAUCAUCUGUAGGCUGUAGUUCCCUUUGACCAACAACUAAGAUAACAUUGGAAAGCGUCCCAUUACUAUCAUGUCACAACUGUAAUUGACUUAGGAAGAGCCCACAUGUAAGAUGUUAUGUAAUGUAUGUAUAUCAUUUAUAUAACUUUCCUUGGUCAUUGUUUUGAAAUAAACUUCCUUAAUUUUCAAAA